AUGUCUCAAUUGAUUACCGUUGACGCCGCCACCUCCUCCUCCUCCUCGGCAUCAUUGACGUCGUCGACAAAACCGUUGUCGGCCGCCUCCGCCACUAACAACAACAGCUACAUAACAAUUGCCAUCGAAGGUAACAUAGGUUCGGGAAAGACAACAUUUUUGCAACACAUUCAGCAGUUCAAUGACCGCCAAACAACAGUCGGACACAACAACAACAACAACGUCGAAACAUUUGCCGAACCUAUCGGCCAGUGGCGGGACAUACGAGGUAUGAAUUUGUUUCAGUUGCUUCACAAAGAUCUAAAUCGCUGGUCGUUUACAUUUCAAUCGUACGUACAGUUGUCGAUGUUGGCCAUACACCAGACCCGGCCCAGUCGUCCCGAAGUGACCAUCAAACUAAUGGAACGGUCGCUAUAUUCGGCUCGUUAUUGUUUUGUCGAAAAUCUCUAUCGACGCCAAUGUAUGCGUCGGGAAGAGUACGCCAUUAACGACAAAUGGUUUGAAUAUAUGGUCAAAAACUGCGAAAGAGUUGGCAUUGAUCUGAUUAUCUAUUUGAGGACCGAUCCGGAGGUGGCCUACGAACGCAUACGUAAGCGCAAUCGCGACGAAGAAACCGGACUGACCAUUGACUACUUGCGCGACUUGCAUGACCUACACGAACAAUGGCUGCUGGGCUGCUCUCAUGGUGUCAUCGGUGCCGGCGGCGACGGCGGCGGUCAACUCUUCAACGACCACAUCAGCGACAAGUUUGCCGCACCACCGCUACCGGCGCCUGUAAUUACCAUCGAUGCCAAUCAACAGUUGGAUGUAAUGAAAAAUCUAUAUGAUAUACAUUCGGCUAAUAUUAUCAACGGUACUGUCUUAAGAUGA